CAUGACAAACCUUACUAUACGGAUGUGGCGGUGCCGGAGCAUGGUGUGGUGAAGCAAAGCAAUGGCCAUGCGUGCUGCUCCGAUGGACCAGGGUACGCUACCCCACUUGACGCCAUGUCUGGUCCCAGAGAAACUCUCAUCUAUCUUACUGCUAUUUACGCUGGAACAGGAAAGGAGAAGCCAGACUAUCUGGCCACUGUGGAUGUUGAUCCAAGCUCUCCAACUUAUUCUAAAGUUAUCCACAGGCUACCUGUACCUUAUGUGGGUGAUGAACUUCAUCAUACAGGGUGGAAUGCUUGCAGCUCUUGCCAUGGAGAUCCAUCCGCUGAUAGACGCUAUUUGAUCCUUCCUUCUCUCAUAUCGGGCCGCAUAUAUGUGGUUGACACAAAAGCAAAUCCAAAGGCCCCUUCCUUGCAUAAAGUUGUUGAGCCCGAAGAAAUCAUUAGGAAAACUGGAUUAGCAUAUCCUCACACAUCCCAUUGCCUUGCUUCCGGUGAUAUCAUGAUUUCAUGUCUUGGAGAUAAGGAAGGAAAUGCUAAAGGGAAUGGAUUUCUUCUUCUUGACUCUGAAUUCAGCGUGAAAGGAAGGUGGGAGAAACCUGGGCAUAGUCCUAUAUUCGGGUAUGACUUUUGGUAUCAACCACGGCACGGCACAAUGAUUAGCACAUCAUGGGGGGCUCCUGCUGCAUUCACCAAAGGUUUUAACCCGCAGCAUGUGGCUGACGGCUUGUACGGGAGGCAUCUUCAUGUGUACAGCUGGCCUGGGGGCGAACUGAGACAAACUCUGGACCUUGGAAACACAGGGCUUCUUCCCCUGGAGAUACGGUUUCUGCAUGAUCCUUCCAAAGAUACAGGUUUCGUUGGGUGUGCAUUGUCGAGUAACAUGGUACGAUUUUUCAAGACUCAGGAUGGGUCAUGGAGCCAUGAGGUAGCAAUAUCAGUCAAACCACUGAAAGUGCAAAACUGGAUUCUUCCUGAAAUGCCUGGGCUUAUAACUGAUUUUCUGAUGUCCCUUGAUGAUCGGUAUCUAUACUUUGUGAACUGGCUUCACGGGGAUAUAAGACAGUACGACAUCACGGACAUAAAGAAUCCUCGACUUACCGGACAAAUUUGGGUUGGGGGACUGAUAAAGAAAGGAAGCCCCGUAGUAGCUGUAGCAGAAGAUGGCACAACUUGGCAAUGUGAUGUUCCAGAGAUCCUGGGAAACAAGUUAAGAGGGGGGCCUCAGAUGAUUCAACUGAGUUUAGACGGUAAAAGGUUGUAUGUCACCAACUCGCUGUUCAGUCCAUGGGACAAACAGUUUUAUCCAGAGAUAGUGGAGAAAGGAUCCCAUAUUUUACAGAUAGAUGUUGAUACUGAGAAAGGUGGCCUGAAAAUAAACCCCAACUUCUUUGUUGACUUUGGAGCUGAGCCUGAUGGACCAGCCCUUGCCCAUGAGAUGAGAUAUCCUGGCGGUGACUGCACUUCCGACAUUUGGAUUUAAGCACGUUAAGUAUCAUACUUGUGUUAUCUUCCAUACACCCGCAGUUUCACUACUUUAAAUGUCAUGUAGCAGUCACAUCCAACACUAUUUGUGUAUCUGUAUCCUUGUGUUGUGUGAACUUCAUGCCUGGGAUUAGUAGAAUUCAAUCAUGGAUCUCUGUUGUUUAAAGUUGUCUCGAAUAUCAUUAGUGUGAAUAGAGUUCAAGUUCCACCACA